CUCAAAUUUCAGGCACCCCUUCCACCACCACUCCCACAAGGCCGCAUGAAUUAGAACUCCUGGAUUCGAAAUUCGGUUGACUUCAUUUUCUGAUCAUUUCGGUUUCUGAUAUUGGAAAUCUUCAUCGAACCAUGGAAGUUGUAGCACAGGAAAAAAGAGGAAGCAUUGUGAAAAAUCAGUUGUUGGAGGGUUGUCAGAUAACAAAGCUCACAUGGAGAAUUGAUAACUUCUCUAGGUUAAAUGUAAAGAAGAUCUUCUCUGAGAUAUUUAUGGUCAGUGGAUUUAAAUGGAGGAUCUUUCUCUACCCGAAAGGGAUCAGGGUUGAUGAUUAUUUGUCCGUAUAUCUCGAAGUUGUUGAUGACGCUACGGCACCAGUUGGGUGGUUUAUAGAUGCUGAUAUAACUUUCAAUGUGGUCGACCAAAUUGAUCACAAGAAGACUGUAGAUCAUGAAACAAAAUGCACAUUCAAGCAGCGGCAUGUUAGUUGGGGAUUUCCUACUUUUAUCUCUCUUGAUAAAUUACAUGAUCCAGGCAGAGGUUAUAUUUUUGAUGACACGUGUAUAAUUGAAGUUGAGGUAUCUGUGAGUGCUACUUCUCCAGUUUCAGGGAAUAGAGACCAACCUGCUGAUUCCUCUGUUGCUGUUCAUCCGAGCAUAAAUAACCCCCUUCACUUAGAUACUAUGGAUUCUAUUUACAGCAAGGCUCAAUCCUUCAUUAAGUCGAGAUCGAAGCGAUCUUUUAGCUCGAUAUCAGAUUCUAGCAUCACCGUCGCUGGUAGUUCUGCUCAAGACAAUGCGGGUUUGGUAAAAGGACAUUUUAACGAAUUGAUUUCACUUCCCUUGAAUGAUUUGGCUGAUCCCAAUCAUGAAAGUGCAAUGAGAGAAUCUUUGUUUACACUUGGCAACGACCUUACUUCAUUUUCCGAGGAACAGAUCCAACAAAUCAACAGGUUGAAAGAUGAAUUUCCCAGGAUUAUUGAAGACUGGAGGGAUUCGGUUCAGGUUCUCGAUGACUGCCAGAGCUUCUUGUCAAAUUUCGAAAAGACCAAGAAUUUACUCGAAGAUGCAGUUAAAACCGAAGAGGCAAUCAAGGGUACACUAGACAAGUUGAGAAUGAGAACUAACGAACUCGAAAAGGAGCUGGAGGCAGCCAGAAAAGAAGCGAAACAGCUUGCAGAGCAAAGACAAGAAGCAUCGAAAAAAACACAUGAAUCUUAUGUUAUUGCAGAAGAUCAGAGUGUCAUGAUUGAACUCAAAGAGCUGGAGAUUACUCAAGCAAGAGACGAGUUAGAGGAUUUGAAGGCUGAGUGGGACUCCAUUAAAUCUCAUUUCAUAUGAAUCUUAUGCUUUUAUAAUUGUUUGUUUCACUUCUGUUUCAUCGAGCACUGGGACUUAAUAAUAUUGUUUGAUAACAUUCAGUGUGUUAUGUGUUUUUGGCUUCUUA